AUGAUCAACAAUGGUGCGAGGACUACUCGGCCAAAGAGACGGUGGAAACACGUCAAGGUGGACUGUGGGAUGGCCGUCAAGAUCGACACAACGGACGGUGAUGUCGGCCUGGAUGCGGAGAUAUACCAGGCCGGAGACAUCAACACCUGGAAUGGCAGCUGUGAGAUCGCAACAUGGCCCAGCGCUUUGGUUAGGUGGAGGUAA